AUGCCUCGUGAUGUCAGGUUCAAUCCUUGCAACAUUGGAUGCGAGAGCGCCGCGGUCAACUUCCCUGUCGAGGAGCAGGGCCUGCCCGGAAUCCCUUGGGACACUUCGGACACCCUGAUGCCUACCCGCCACUUCAGGGACUGUUGCUUUGAUCUACUUGAGGGUACUAGCAGCACACCCUGGAAUUCGACCGGCUUUGAGGAUGACCUGCUCCUGGAGUUUUCAACUGGCGCUGAUGGCUUGAACGCUGCUCUUCUUCCGCCCGUCGUUGGUGGCGACUCAGAGUUCGCGUGCGACCUCUCCGACCCGCUUCAGAUUGCGCCUCCUGUUGCGACAAUCCACGGUCGGGAAACGGAGGGUGACUCGUUGCAACAUCCAUCAACAGCCUCCAGUUUCUGCAAUGCCGUCCCCAUCCCGGAAAUGGUGCCCCAGAAGAAUCCAGAACAGGCCGCACAGGGCUGCACAGGCAAGAAGCGCACGCGCAAGCCCAACACCGCAGGGGAGUGGAUGACCAUGGAGUUCCUUGAGGCCGGCGGCUUCCUUGACAUGCCCCUGGCGGUUGAGUGUCCUGGUUUCCCACCCAUCCAGCCGCGUUUGGAGGAGGCCGCCCGGAAGCUGCACAUGAGCGUGGCGGUUCUGAAGCCCACAGUGCGCAAGCUGGGCGUGACCCGCUGGCCCUCGCGCAAACGCAACUCCCUGCGCCGGCUCAUGGAGACUGCGCAGACCAUGGGGAAGCCCAUCAACAAAUUUGGUGGAGACAUCACGGAGCUGCGCAGGCUGCUGGAGGCAGAGCGCAAGAGCUACCAGGGAGACAGUGAGAACUGGCCCAUGAUCCAGAAGGUUCGCGACACCUACUACAAGACCCGGUUCCUGCACAAGCGCGGCAGGAAAGAGCCCAAGGCCCCCUCUACACCACCGCCCGCUGCGCCAUUCCUUGCCAGCGCAUCGAGCUGCUCAAUGCCUAUGGCCAAGCAGCCCCCCGAGGGGCUCACCCUCGAUACACUCCAGCCCGGCAGGGGCGCCAGAUCUGGCAGCGCGCCACCUGACGUCGCCUGGGGCGCCCACGGCAGCCGCGUGCACCGCCGCCGCAGCCGCCGCGCAGCUUCCAUUUUCUGA